AUGUUGCUCCUUCUACAGAUGAUUUGCAUAUUAAUGAAAGGAUGCAAAAAUGGAUUGCAAAUCCCUACAUUUUUGAAGCCUCUGACUCUAAAGAAGAUCACGAUAAGGAUGACAGUGAAGAAGCAAAAAGACAUUGAUAUUGAUGAAGAUGAACUCGCCACUGAUAAAGGAGAAGACCUUACUCAAGGAAUGAACUCUCCUCCAAGGACGAACAAGCACAUUCGAUUCUUAUCCACUUCUUCAUCCAAUUUCUCUUCAGAUGAUGCUGUACAACAGGAUGUGGCUAAUAUAAAAAGAUUUGUGGCCUUUGGUGACGAUGAUUCUGAUGAAAUGGUUAUUGGAGAUACUCCCCGAAAAUCACUAUGUGAUUAUCCUCCUCCAUGUCCACCUCCAUCAUCAAAUCUACCUCCACAUCCUCCACCAUCACAUUCCCCACAUCGCACUCCUUAUGGUUCUCCUCCCCAUUUUGAUGCCUCCAAAAGGGGGAGAAUAAUAAAGUGA